AUGGACGCGUCUGAGACUAAGCCGCGAUGGGCCUCACAACGCCGUGUGCCGCGGGCGUCGCGAGCAUGCGAAACAUGUCGCUCUCGCAAGACCAAGUGUGACCAAGCUCAGCCAUGCUCUUACUGCGCAUAUCACUCAUUCAACUGUGUAUAUCGUACCUCUGGCGGUCGAGGAACUGCAAGGGAGUCUACUGCUGAGAAGAAGCGGGCUAUGAGAGCAACACAGAAAAGCCAAGAUGAAACUAUCCGCCCUUCGCCGUGGCCACUAGCUGGCAUGGUUCAAAAUGAUAUUCAACGCCCAGCUAGUCCUGCAAACAAAGCUCCCACUCAGAGGACCUGGGCGGUGGAUUCGCCAACAUCCUUCUCAAAGGACGGGCCGUCGCGCGCAUUGCAGUCGGCUGGACAAAGGGGCUCAACCCCCGAUACACCGACUGUACCAACUGAAAAUGACGAUGAACAGUUCGCUCCGUCAGAACUUGGCGAUGCCGCGUCCAGAGAUGGGUUGAGCGGUAUCAAUCUACACACCAAAGGAACGGAGUUCUAUGGCAAUUCAUCUAAUUUAGCAUUUCUUGGGAAUCUGUUUGCAAGAGCACAGCACCAGUCAGAAGGCCAGGAAUCGCUUCUGAAUCGAGAUGCUACGCCAACCGCAAACAAACUGCAGGCAUCGUCUCCAGAAAGCCGAUCGACUCCGGGCAAAUCCCAGCUCUCCAUUGUGAACCUGCUGUACAAUGUUGACUAUACAGGCCACCCCUCGCCGCAGUCCUAUGACGGUGCAGAAGGAGUCCUUCAGAGACCUUAUUCUGACGUUCCGAGGAGUACACCUGGCCCUGGAAAUAAUGCACAAGAAGCUCUGAUACCAGGGGUACUCUCGAAAAUCCCUCGCAGCUCUCAAUUGGAGAUCGAAAAGAUCUUCAUUGCCAGCUACUUCACAAAUAAACAUUACAUCCACCCUGUUUUAUCCAAAGAUGCAUUCAUGCGACGCUGCGAGCGAGACGCAUGGCCUGUACCAAGACGAUCUGCUCUCUUCCAAGGGACGACAAAAUUCUCAGGUCUUUACUUCGCGGUCAUUGCACUUGGCGCGAUAAAUGCCAGCCCAAAUGAGACCGCCCUUUUAGAUCAUUUCUAUCAGCACUCAACAGACCCAGAGAAAGCCCCAUCGAGUAUCCGAUUCUCAGCACUAGAUUUCGCAAAGUUCUACUUCGGAGUCUCAAGACAAGCACUAGGUGAUUUAUUCGAAAGCAGCUCUCUCGAAACAGCCCAAGCCUUGUUACUUCUCAGUGUAUUUCGCCAGAAUUCACUCCAACCACAUAGCUGCUACAUGUACAGUGGCAUGGCCGUCCGAACAGCCGCAGCGAUUGGACUCGCAUCAAGCAUGAAUUCUUUACCCCCGGCUGAGACCAUGAAGGAAUUACAUCACUACCAAGCUUCUCUUCCAAAACUCAAGAUUCAUUUCGGAGACCAUGAUCCAGAUGCAGAGGAUAAUGAUAUCGCUAUGAUUCCUGUUAUGGUCUCACUUGCCCAGAUUAUGUCUGAGGCUUCACAUCAACUCUACCACUCAACACAACUUUCCCUACGUGAGAAAUCUCAUCUAGCGAUGGGAUUAGAGAAAAGACUCCAGGAUUGGAAAUCUAACAUCCCGACAUUUUUGAAUCUGGAUGCGAAUACAUUGAGUGAUCCCGAAUGGGCAUUCAAACAAAAACUCGUUUUACGACUACGAUACUACAAUACCCGAAUCCUUAUUCACAGGCCUUUUUUCGUAGCCUCAACAAGCAAUACCGAUUCCUCCGAAUUCCGCCAACACCUAAACAUCUGCAUCGAGGCCGCACGGUCAAGUAUAAAAAUGCAAUACGAGUCCUUCAUGCACCGUAUCUACAUACGAACAUGGUGGUAUAAUACAACAUACGCGCUUUACGGCUCCAUGAUCCUCUUACAUCUCAUUCUAUCCAAUUUCCCAGGUUUACCAGACGAAGAACUCCUCGAAGAUGUUGAGAAAUCCCUAGAGAUCUUUUCCUCGAUGGAUGAUAUUAUCGUUGCGCGUCGCUGUGCGGAAAUGCUUCGUGAAGUUCUUGAUGUGGCGCGUACUUUUCUGCGUCGACGACAAAUACAGGAUCGGGAUUCAGGAUCUAGUGGAUCAAUGAGUCGUGCGGCUCAAGUUGGGAUUGGUGAUGGUGUUGGAAUCGGAUCGAGUGCUAUGCAGCCGGGUUAUACAUCUGGAGCGGUUCAAGCUUCACUUACGUCGCAUUCGCUUUUACCUGCGAAUUCGAUACCGGUGACAAGUGCGACCGAGUCUGAUUUCUUGGUUCCGCAACUUUCGUUUCAGGAUGGGAAUGGGAAUGAGACUGUGGGUUCGUCUAUGUUGGGACAAUCUGGACAGCUUCGAUUACCUGAUGAUGAAGAUUUCUUUUUCUCGUUAUUCAGUCAAGAACCGCAGCAACAGCAACAACAACAACAACAGGUUGAUCGGACUCGAGCGGAGAUGUUGGCGAAUUUAGUGGAUCCAACUAUAUUAGAGGACUUUGCGUUUGGGGGACAGGAGUUUUCCUUUUUCUAG